AGAGCUGACAUUAUUCUGUUGUUGUUAUUUUUUUCCACAAUCUCUGGAUUGCUUGUAUGUUUCCUGUCACUACCUAUCACAAAGAAGUAAAAGGAGAUGGACAAGAGUGACGCUCGAUUCUUUGGCAGAAAAAAACCUGGAAAGGACAUGGACAGCGGACUACAGGCUGUUCGCAGCUUGUACUCAACCAUGUCAGGUGGUGGUGACCUGAGCGGUGCAUCUGGAGUGAAGCCCCUGAAGCCCCAGAGAUCCACUUCUCUCACACACUACCCAAUCGACCUGCGAACAUCCAUGGAGGAAAAGUACAAAGAGAUUGCCGAGGAGCUGUUCACACGCAGCAUGGCAGAUAGCGAGAUGCGGAGCGCUCCAUAUGAGUUUCCGGAGGACAGCCCCAUCGAGCAGCUGGAAGAACGACGGCACCGCCUGGAGAGGCAAAUCAGCCAGGACAUCAAGCUCGAGCCCGAGAUCUUGCUCCGCGCCAAACAGGACUUCAUGAAAAUCGACAGUGAUGCAGACCUAGAGUUCAUGCAGGAGCUGAGUUUGGACAAUGUUGAUAAUUGCUUUAAGAAGAGGGAGCUGCCACUGGAAAGAGAGUACCAGCGAGUUUCAAUAUCUGGAGAGGAUAAGUGCGGGGUUCCCUUCGUUGACCUUGUAGAUGCUGCAAAGUGUGUGGUGAAGGCGCUGUUUAUCCGGGAGAAGUACAUAAAGCGAUCCAUUCAGAACUUUUGUAAGACCACCGCUCACUCCCUCCAGGAGCUGGGGAUGAAGCCUCUGGAUCUGGCCGACUACGACGAUAUAGCAGAGACUCCUGUAGAUGCCGAUGCCCCUGUGCACCCACCGGUCUCAAAGAAUCACCCCUAUGACAAAGACCCCAAGUAUUUGCCGACAGACACAGGCUAUGGUUGCAAGAUGGUGGGUGGAGUAGUCCAUGUAUACACCAAGAAAACCAACAUGGACAAAAGCACAGAACUGGACCUGACCUAUCCUGACCUGACUGAGUACAUUGGAGACAUGAAUGUGAUGAUGUCCCUCAUCAUCAACGGGCCAGUGAAGUCUUUCUGUUACCGCCGCCUGCAGUACCUGAGCUCUAAAUUCCAGAUGCACAUCCUCCUGAAUGAAAUGAAGGAGCUGGCGGCUCAGAAGAAAGUUCCCCACAGAGACUUCUACAACAUACGAAAGGUGGACACACACAUACAUGCAUCGUCCUGCAUGAACCAGAAGCACCUGCUGCGAUUCAUCAAGAGAGCCAUGAAGAAAUAUCCCGAGGAGAUCGUUCACGUGGACCACGGCCGUGGUCAGACCCUGAAGGAGGUGUUCGAGAGCAUGAACCUGACGGCCUUCGACCUGAGCGUGGACACUCUCGACAUGCAUGCGGAUCGUAACACAUUCCAUCGGUUUGACAAGUUCAACGCCAAAUACAACCCCAUCGGAGAAUCCAUCCUCAGAGAGAUCUUCAUCAAGACUGACAACCACAUCGGAGGAAAAUACUUUGCACACAUAGUCAAGGAGGUGAUGUACGACUUGGAGGAGAGUAAGUACCAGAACUCUGAGCUCCGCCUGUCCAUCUACGGGCGCUGCCGGGACGAAUGGGACAAGCUGGCUCAGUGGGCCCUCAAACAUCGAGUUUACUCUGAUAAUGUGCGCUGGCUCAUCCAGGUGCCUCGUCUUUUUGACGUGUACAAGACAAAGAAGCAGCUGGCAAAUUUCGAGGAGAUGUUGGAGAAUAUCUUCAUGCCUCUGUUUGAAGUCAGCAUCAACCCGCGCAGUCAUCCUGAGCUGCAUCUCUUUCUGGAGCACGUGGUGGGCUUCGACAGUGUGGACGAUGAGUCUAAACCGGAGCACCACAUCUUCAACCUGGACAGUCCGCUGCCAGCUGACUGGACAGAAGAGGACAACCCGCCCUACUCCUACUACCUCUACUACACCUAUGCUAACAUGACUGCGCUCAACCACCUGCGAAGGCGCAGAGGCUUCCACACGUUCGUCCUGCGACCUCACUGUGGGGAGGCGGGGCCUGUCCACCACCUGGUGUCAGGCUUCAUGUUAUCAGAGAACAUCUCCCACGGUCUGCUGCUCAGAAAGGCUCCGGUGCUGCAGUAUCUUUACUACCUGGCUCAAAUUGGCAUCGCCAUGUCCCCACUGAGUAACAACAGCCUGUUCCUCAGUUACCAUCGCAACCCGCUGCUGGAGUAUCUGUCCAGAGGCCUCAUGAUCUCUCUGUCCACCGACGACCCUCUUCAGUUCCACUUCACCAAGGAGCCUCUGAUGGAGGAGUACAGCAUCGCUGCUCAGGUGUGGAAACUAAGCUCCUGCGACAUGUGUGAGCUGGCCAGAAACAGUGUCCUCAUGAGUGGGUUUUCACACAAGGCCAAAAGCUACUGGUUGGGCCCCACCUACUUUGACGAGGGUCCUGUGAGCAACGACAUCCGGCGUACUAACGUCCCUGACAUCCGCGUGGCGUACCGCAGCGAGACCCUCGCUGAGGAGCUGCAGCUCAUCACUCAGGCUGUCCACACCGAGGAGCUGGACCCAAUCAGCGAGGAGGACGCUCUGUCCAUGGGCCCUAUCCCGGGAGAUCACUAAAGUCACAAUAACCUGUGAACCCCCAGGCCGGUGGUCCACCCAGCAUGACACGGAAGAGACGUGGUGGAAGGGAAAUUCCGUUGCAUCCCACAUACAGUAUAAACACCACAAACCAUCCAUAUUGAAGUAUGCCGUACACACAGAUACCAAAAAGCCAAGGACAAAGUGCUGCUAGAGCCGUUCAGAUUCUAUGUUCCUCCGUUUUUUGUGUUAGUCAUUAUCAGGCUGAAGUUAUGGAUAUCUAACCUGUUAUUGUUAACGCUCCUAGCUCUGUCAUAAUCAAGUUUAGCAGAGAAGACCAACACACGUGUUUCUUUUGAAUAAAAAAAACGAGAAACACUG